CACAGAGCAAAAUGGCCAGGCUACAGAGCUCGUCUGUGCUUGGUUCUGAUUCCACUGCUGCCAUUUGCUGCUGAGGGUUAAAUUAGAGAAAUGCAAAAACUACUGACUUUGGUUCUGGAAACACAGCACACCGCAGAGCAGACACGAUGGAGGAGUAUGAGUAUAUGGAUCCCUUGUUCUUCAACGCCUCCAGUGACAGCAGCCAGGAGCACGAGGGCUUCCUGCAGUUCAGAAGGAUCUUCCUGCCCUGUGUGUACGCAGUGGUGUUCGUUUUUGGCCUGGUGGGGAACUCCCUGGUGCUGGUCGUGUACAUCUUCUACCAGAAGCUGAAGAGCCUGACGGAUGUGUUCCUGGCGAACCUGCCCCUGGCUGACCUAGUGUUUGUCUGCACUCUGCCCUUCUGGGCCUACGCAGGCUUCCACGAGUGGGUCUUUGGCAAGGUCAUGUGCAAGACCCUCCGGGGCAUCUACACCAUUAACUUCUACACCUCCAUGCUCACCCUCACCUGCAUCACUGUGGAUCGCUUCAUCGCUGUGGUUCAGGCCACCAAGGCCUACAACCAGCAGGCCAAGCGGAUGACCUGGGGCAAGGUCAUCUGCUUGAUUAUUUGGGUGGUCUCCCUGCUGGUUUCCUUGCCACAGAUCAUCUACAGCAAUGUCCUCCAACUCGACAAGGUCAUCUGCGGCUACCACGAUGAAGCGAUCACCACCAUAGUUCUUGCCUCCCAGAUGACUCUGGGAUUCUUCCUGCCACUGCUUGCCAUGAUCGUUUGCUACUCUGUCAUCAUCAAGACUCUGCUUCGCGCUCGAGGUUUCCGGAAGCACAAAUCUCUAAAGAUCAUCUUCCUCGUGGUGGCCGUGUUCCUGCUCACCCAGACCCCCUUCAACCUCGUCAAGCUCAUUCGCAGUACGAGCUGGGAGUACUAUGCCAUGACCAGCUUUGACUAUGCCAUCAUGGUGACAGAGGCCAUCGCGUACCUGCGGGCCUGCCUCAACCCUGUGCUCUAUGCCUUUGUUGGCCUUAAGUUUCGGAAGAAUUUCCGGAAACUUGCGAAGGAUAUUGGCUGUCUCCCUUACCUGAGAGUCUCUAGUCAGUGGAAGUCUUCUGAGGACAAUUCCAAGAGUUGUUCUUCCUCCCACAAUGUAGAGGCUACCAGCAUUUUCUAAUCUGUAGGCCUCCCUGGGCUUGAGAAACUGCUCUGGAAUUGGCAGGAGCAUGGCUGUCAAUGCUCUGGAUCUGAUGCGGGAGGCUUUGUUUAUAGCGAGUGCAUUCUCAGAGAAGAAAUCAGACAUGGUGGUUGGCCUCAGUGCUUCACAGGCAUGGACAUACCCUGCUCUCCUCUCUUAUUAAGACCCAGAGCUGAUGCUUGAAGUGGGGGAUGUCUAUAAUUUUUAAGGGCUUUCCUUCCUAAUCCCUAAGAACACUGAAGCCCAGGGGAUGAAGAUCUUGGGAUGAUAUCCUAAGAUCUCAGGUUUGCCAUUACUGGGACUGGAGCUGAAGAGGAAGCACAGGCAACAAAGUUGUUGGUGGCAGGUGAUGUGCUGGCUUCCAAGUACAGAAGACUCUCCUGACCACUGGCAAGGAGUGGAGAUGGGAGUGGUCUUGAAAGCAAGUGAGGUCUAUGUAGCUCAGACCUCAAUCAUCAGGUACCUAAUAGGAAUGAGGUCAAUGUCUGCCACACCUUGGUUUUUGCAUAGGUGAUGCUUAGGUUCUCUCUGAUUAAUCCUGGGAGGACCAGCACUGGAGACUAUGUGAACCCAAACAAAUGAGAGUUGGCUGGAGAUUCCAAUGGCUCAUGCAAUGCUAGAACAAUGUGCAAAACAGCUUAAGACUAGAAAAAACAUAAGCGGCAUUUUUGGCGUGGACUCUUGGGUGGCUUCACUCACUUAAAAAAGGGAAUUAUCAAAUGCCUGCCAUAUGCACAUAUAUGAAUGUGCACACACACAGUCACACACAUCAAACAGCAUAUGAGUUUCAUGAUAGGAAAUAAAAUUUUUAAAAAGUCUUUGAACUACUUUUACCUUUAGGAUCAUUCAACUUUAAUAUGGUGUGUCUGAACCUGCAAAAAAACAGUUACUGGGAGGGAGGAGUGGAAGUUCACCAGACUGGACGGUGGAGAAUGGAGGGACUGGAGGGGGGAUGGGAACGGGAAAUCAGACAUAACUUCCUACGUUCAUAUACGACACACCACCAGUGUAGCUCCACAUCAUGUACAACCACAAGGAUGGGAGGUUAUACUCCAUGACUGUAUGUCAAAAUACAUUCUAUUGUCCUGUGUAUCUAAAGAGAACAAAUAAAAAAUACACCAGAUAUAUGAAGAUAUAUUUUAAAAAGCCAAUUACUUCUAGGCUCAGAAUACAAGAACUAAGUUAAAACUGUAAACUUGUGGGGCAAGAUCUAUGAAGGAAAUGGAACACAUCAAUGGUAACAACCUUGCUCUUUCACUGUGGUUUCCAGCCUCCUGCCCAAAAUGAAGGGUACAUUUGUUCAACUUCUAUAAUAUAGUCACAGGAUGAGAGAGUUUUAAAU